AUGUAUGUAAGCUAUAAAAAGAAUGAUGGUACACAAGUUAAAGUUCCAUUAGACAACAACUGCUACUUAAACUUAUAUGGAGACGAACAAAAGAAAUAUUUAAGAGUUUAUGAAAUGGCAGAUAUGACAUUGCCUGACCCAGCUCCGGUACCACAUUAUUAUGACUAUGGAGAUGACGACAGAACACCACAUGUAGAUGAACAAAAGCUAACAUUAUAUUUAUAUUAUUAUAGAUAUAAAAGAUAUAAUGCAAUAGAAAAAACGAGAAUAGUAUAUUAUUAUACAGAUGACAGAAAUAAAUAUUAUAGUCAAGAUUUUACCUACCCUGAAAACAUAAGAUUAUAUUAUAAAAAAUAUUCUGACACAAACCAGAAGAAACCUGAAAUAGUUGCACUAUAUUUUAAGUUCAAAAGAGACAAUCCUAUAUUAUCUCAUAUGUUUGAUUUAAUGAACCCAGUAGGUUCUAUUUAUACAUCUAUGGAUGCAAGAGGUCCUCAA